GCAACGACUUUUGAAAAAACCCGUUUCUGCAACAGCUGCAGAAGAGAAGAUUACUUGGAAGACGACCAAGAGGCACAAAGUGAAGCGACUGCUGGGACGAUGGAUCGGAGUCAUUGUACUGAUGUCUCUCGUGGUUCUGGGGACCCUGAUCGGAGUUCUCUUCUGGAAACUGGAGUCACACGAUCAUACGGUUAACUUUAGAGUAGGAGACGCUCAAAUAGUACUACAGGACAAGCUGAGGAUGACCUUGAAGAAAAGAGGGGAGAUAACUGGUGAAGGCCUUCUUGGCUUCAACAUUCCACACGACAGCCCUGAGAUCUGCUCGCACACAGACGCCAGUCUGUGCCUCACCUGGGAAGGAGACAGGAAGCUCGUCAUCAACGCGCAGACAGAACGUGACGUCAUGUGUUAUGACGUCACAUGGGAGGCUCUGGCCUGCGCGUCGCAAGAACUCAAGGACUGUUUCAAUCUGACCUUUGCGCACUGGUAUGGCGGAUUCGAGGACUUCCACCAGUACUGGCCAAUAAACACCAUACAGAAAGAUCUGUCUCCUUACGUGACAAACGAAUCUCUGCUUAUCAAUGACACGUUCGGGUCGGUCCAGGACAGGUAUUUCGUAUCAUCCAGCGGGGUGGGGAUACACGUGGACUGGGAUGUACCGCUGUACCUGAGUCUCAAUGCUGACGAAGAUGACUCGAUUUGCCUGGCAGCCAAAUACGACGCAUAUCCUUACUUCAACCUUGACCAUACCCUGCCGGUCUUAAACUACACCAUAUGUCAAGCCGACAAUGUGUUGCUUCUGCACAAAUUCAUGUCUGAGAAAUUCAUUUCAAAACCCAGCGACAUCCCCGAUAAGAGAAUGUUCGAAUCCCCAAUAUGGUCAACGUGGGCGUUGUAUAAAAAGAACAUCAGCCAAUCGAAAGUUCUAGACUUAGCAGGUAAUAUCAAUGGUCACGGAUUUAGCCACGCCCAGAUUGAAAUCGACGACCAAUGGACAGUUGGAUAUGGGGACAUGGAUUUCGACAAAUCAAAAUUCCCGGAUGCGUCGUCCAUGAUUCGAAAGCUGAAUACUGAUGGUUUUCGUGUUACUCUUUGGAUCCACCCUUUCUUCAAUACAGAGUCGAAUUCAUUCCGUCUUUUAGCUGACAAGGGCUAUCUCGUGAGAUCGCUUGACAGUUCUCAGCCAGCCGUUGUGUCGUGGUGGGAUGGGAAUUUAGCAGGAGUUUUAGAUGUCACCAACGAAGACGCUGUCGACUGGUAUAUCAACCAGACGACAUACCUGCGGAAUACCUACAGCGUGAGCUCCUUCAAGCUGGACGCGGGAGAAAUAAAAUGGCUGCCGAAUAUGUACAGCACAUCGAAACCGAUGAUCAAUCCCAACGAGUUUUCUAAGUUGUGGGCCGAGAUUGGCCUUCGCGUCGACCCAGAUAUCAGACACCAGGAAGUGCGCGUAGGUGCUGGAAAUCAGUCACUUCCGGUGUUUGUGCGCAUGCUGGAUAAAGAGUCAUCCUGGGGACACAGUAACGGCCUGAAAAGUCUAAUACCGGCUGCUUUAACAUUCGGGUUGCUUGGAUACCCGUUUGUCUUGCCGGAUAUGAUUGGUGGAAACGCGUACACACAAGAAACAGAGGCUGAUACUUUCCCAGAUGUGGAACUAUUCGUACGUUGGGUCCAGCUUAACGCAUUUCUGCCAUCCAUGCAGUUCUCCAUAACUCCGUGGAACUAUAACAGCACCAUUGUCGAAAUCUCGCACCACUUUGUCCAGCUACACGAGCAAUAUUCUUCACUAUUCAUCAAGCUUGCUGAGAAUGCUGUGGCAACCGGUGAACCAAUUAUUCGUCCCCUGUGGUGGAUUGCCCCCGAUGAUGACACGGCUUUAACGAUUGAAACUGAAUUUCUCGUUGGUGAUAAACUUCUCGUGGCCCCGAUUCUCGAAGAGGGAGGUAGGUCACGUGAUAUUUAUCUUCCUGGGGGUCGAUGGAGUGACAUUCUGCGGAACAAGGAACUAACUGGGGGUCAAUGGUAUAAAAAUUACCCCGCCGAUCUUCAUGAGCUGCCAUAUUUUAUUAAAUUAGAUUAGAUUGGAUUAGAUUAGACAUAGUGUGUGGCAUAUUUGGAAUAAUUAAUCAGGUAUAAAGGCAGGUUGUGUACAUAGAAAACUGCACGCGUGUCUAUUAGAUACCAUUUAUUUGAAUGGAAUCGUUUCAAAACUUAUCUAACGAGCGAAUAAAGGUAAAUGCUUUAACAAACAAAAAAUAAAAAAUAAACUAAACACAAAAUAAAAUAAAAUAAAAUAAUAAACUAAACACAAAAUAAAAUAAAUAAAUAAAUAAAUAAAACACAACAGAUUUUUUUUAAAAGCUCAGAACAAUAAAACAAACAAACAACCAUACAUACAUACACAAAACCACGAGUUGUAAAUAUAAAUGGUGUGUAACAGACAUGAGCGUAAUAAUAAUAAUAAUAGCAAUCUGUACUAUUUGUUCAUUCAUAUAGGUAUGAAAGAAAAUAAUCAUAUAUCAGCAUUUGUAAAUGUCUGAGAAAACGUUAUCCAGUAGCUUCAAAACGUAUCUAAUGAGUGAAAGUAAGUUGGAUAUGUUUGGGGGCGGGUAACGAGUUAUAAGUUAAAUGGUAUCUAACGAACACGAGUGCAGUAUUCUAUAUCUUAUAUCUAGUGCAUAAAACCGAUUUAAAAAUAAUAGCAGUCAUCAUUUGUGUUUUGAUUUGACGUAUAGGUCAUCGCAAAUUGAUUACUUUAAAAUUAACUUUCAACACAUAUGAAAUAUUGUCUUGAGAUAUUAUGAAUCUCACAUUGUUUUCUUUCAAAUGAUUGUGUAAAAAAUGAAAAUGUUGAUCAAGUAUAUGUUUGUUAACUAAUGUUGUACAUCUACAUGACUAUCCAAUGUCAGCUUCAAAUUAAUUGUAUUACUUGUACCAAAGAUAGGCACAUCUAUAAAAUUUGGAAACAUUAAUCAGAAAAUAUAUUUUUGAUAAAUUACACAAAAUAUAUAUAUUGUAGAAAAUUAAUUUUACAACCAAUAUUACUUGUGUUAUUCAGAUUAUUUACUAUGGAGAUAAAAUUGCCCCGCCGAUCUUCAUGAGCUGCAAUAUUUUAUCAGAUUAGAUUUGAUUAGACAUAGUGUGUGGCAUAUUUGGAAUAAUUAUUCAGGUGUAAAGGCAGGUUGUGUACAGAGAAACCUGCACGCGUAUCCAUUAGAUACCAUUUACUGGAAUGGAAUCGUUUCAAAACUUAUCUAACGAGCGAAUAAAGGUAAAUGUUUUAACAAAUAAAAAAUAAAAUAAUAAACUAAACACAAACUAAAAUAAAUAAAAUAAAUAAAUAAAUAAAACACUACAGAGAUAUUUUUUUUAAAGCUCAGAACAAUAAAACAAACAAACACACAUACAUACAUACACAAAACCACGAGUUGUAAAUAUAAAUGGUAUGUAACAGACAUAAGCGUAAUAAUAAUAAUAAUAAUAGCAAUCGGUAUUAUUUGUUCAUUCAUAUAGUUAUGAAAGAAAAUGAUCAUAUAUCUCAGUAUUUGUAAAUGUCUGAGAAAAGGUUGUCCAGUAGCUUUAAAACGUAUCUAAUGAGUUUGGAUAUGUUUGAGGGGGGGGGGGGGGGGGGGGGGUUAACGAGUUGUAAGUUAAAUGGUAUCUAACAAACACGAGUGCAGUAUUCUAUAUCUUAUAUGUAGUGCAUAAAACCGAUUUAAAAAUAAUAGCAGUCAUCAUUUGUGUUUUGAUUUGACAUCUAGGUCAUCGCAAAUUGCUCACUUUAAAAUUAGCUUUCAACACAUGUGAAAUAUUGUCUUGGGAUAUUAUGAACCUCAUACUGCUUUCUUUCAAAUGAUUGUGUAAAAAAAAAUGAAAAUGUUGAUCAAAUUGUUGUUUGUUAACUAAUGUUAUACAUCUACAUAACUAUCCAGUGUCAGCUUCAAAUUUAUUGUAUCACGUACCAAAGAUAGAAUUUAAUAACAUUAAUCAGAAAAUAUGUCUUUGAUAAAUUACACAAAAUAUAUAUAUUAUAGAAAAUAAAUGUUAUAACCAAUA